AUGGCGGACCCAAAGACAGAGGCCGCCCGGCCUGCCGGCCCUGGCCCCGAGCCCCUGGAGGCGGCCUUGGAGCCCGGGCUAUCGCUGUCGACGCGCGCCAUGCACGCCGACGACUACAUCAACAGCCACCCGGCCGUCGCGCCGCCGAUGCACGUCAGCACCACGUUCCGGUACAACGAGGACCCGGACAAGUUGGUGUUUUGGGGGCAGCCAGACCCAAACGCAACCCACGACACGCACACCUACUCGCGCGAGACGGCCCCCAACACGACCCGCAUGGAGGCCAUCCUGACCUCAGCCGUGGGCGCGCCGUGCCUGACCUACAGCUCGGGGCUGUCGGCCCUGCACGCGCUCCUGACCCACCUCAACCCGCGCCGGAUCGCGCUCGAGGGCGGCUACAGCGGCUCGCACGGCGUCGUCGCGCUCCUGUCGCGGCUCACGGGGCUCGAGGCCGUCCCGUCGCUGUCGGACGAGUCCCUGUCCCUCCUCGGCCCCGGGGACGUGGUGCACGUCGAGACGCCGCUCAACCCCACGGGCGAGGCGCGCGACCUCGAGCGGCUCGCGGCCGCCGCCAGGCGCAGGGGCGCGUACCUGACGGUCGACGCGACGUUUGCGCCGCCGCCGCUGCUGGACCCGUUCCUGUGGGGCGCCGACGCCGUGGUGCACAGCGGCACAAAGUACUUUGGCGGGCAUUCAGACAUGCUGUGCGGCGUGCUGGCCGUCGCGCCGCGGUGGGCCGUCGACAACAAGAUGACGGCGCAGGGGCAGGGGCAGGGGCAGGAGGAGAAGAGGAGAGGAAGACUGGAGGCCGGCGGCUGGGUCGGGCAGCUGCGCGCCGACCGGCUGGUGCUGGGCUCCGUCAUGGGAAGCAUGGAGGGGUGGCUGGGCGUGCGGAGCCUGCGGACGCUGGAGCUGCGCGUGGAGCGGCAGAGCGCGAGCGCGCAGCGGCUGGUCGACUGGCUGGUGGCGGCGUCGGCGGCGGCGGCUAGCAAGGAGGGACAGGGACAGUCGUCGCCCGUGGCCGCCGGGCUGGUCGUGCAGGUGCGACACGCCAGCCAGCAGCCAGAGGCGGCCGACGCCGGGUCGUGGCUGCGGCGGCAGAUGCCGCGCGGCUUCGGGCCCGUCUUCUCCGUCGUGCUCGACAGCGAGGACCACGCGCGCCGGCUGCCGAGCAAACUGCGGCUGUUCCACCACGCCACCAGCCUGGGAGGAGUCGAGAGCCUGAUCGAGUGGCGCGCCAUGACGGACCCGCUCGUCGACAGGCGCCUGCUCCGCGUCAGCGUCGGCGUCGAGGCCUGGGAGGACCUGCGGGAGGACCUGCUGCAGGGCUUCCGGGCGAUUGUGGACGAGGACGGGGGCUAG